AUGAAGCUCAUCUUUCCACUAUUUUCAUUAUCUCUUUUUUUUUCUCUCCAGUUAAUAGUGUUAGAAUUGAGACCUCCCUCCCCAACAUUUAUCCAUAUACACAAACCAAAAAUUCAACAUAGAUAA